CGCCAUUUUCUCUUUCUGGCUCUGAUGAGGAGCGGCUGGAGGCGGGGGUGCGGGCGGGGGCUGAGCCGAGGUCGGUCCCGGGCUCCCGCGGUGCUGAUGCUGCCGCCGCCGCCCUCGCGGUGCGCGCACUGAGCGCGGCAGCCGGCGGCGGCGCAGGAGGAGGAGCCUCGGGGCGGGGCGGCGGGCACGGCGCGGCGCGGGAGGGGCGCGGCGGCCGCGGCUGCGGCCGGGCCAGCGCUGUGAGGAGCGGGAGGUGGAGGCUGCGGCGCGGGCCCGCGACCCGGCAGGCGGCGGCGGCGCCAGGAGAGGCGGCGGCGAGGAGGCGGCAGAGCGGCGGCGGGCUCCCCCUGCAGCCCGGCCGGGUUCCUGUUCCCAACCCAAUGGUAUCAGAAUGCCUUCCAGACUCAUUACUACUAAAGAAUACUAGAAAACAAGACCAGCAUCUGUCAAAUGGGGCUCCCUCUCCAUUUCUCUGUACACACCUUUCCUCUGGGGGGAGAAGAAGAGGAGAAUAGCAUGAAAAGUGCAAAAUGUUUCAAAUUCCUGUUCAAAAUCUUGAUAAUAUCAGGAAGGCUCGAAAAAAGGUGAAGGGCAUUCUUGUGGAUCUUGGGCUUGAAAGCUGCAGGGAAUUGUUGAAGGAAAUACCUGUUUCAGCAAAAUGAUCCAGACUUACUGUCUGAUGUUCAGGACUAGGAGCCUCUCUUGGUGGACUGUACUCAAACGAAAAGCAGAACAUGUUUGGGAUAGGCCAUAAACUUCAAGAAAACUUUUUUAACAGUGUGUAAUUUACUCCAGUGCUUCAGCUGAAGAAUGCAUGCACUUCUGGCUCACUAUAAUCUGUUAUACACACAAGGAUGCUCACAUUAGCAUGGAGCAGACAGAAGCCUAGUGGAAACCGAGCCUGCAUUAGAGUCUCGAAAGUUUUGACCCAGGUGAAAAACACUUUAGUAACACUUCAUGGAGUGAUGUCUCUCCUUGGGAAUCUGUGGGCAAAAGGAAGAGGUACAGAACAAAGCCCUACUGCUGUAGUUUAUGCAAGUUCUCGUCAAAACUGCUUACUUCGUUCAGGAGUCACUUGCACCGUUACCAUGAAGAUGAAAUGGACCAAGAGCUGGUGGUUCCUUGCCCAAAGUGUGCAUUUGCUUCUGAUCCCAAAAUAGUGGGAAAACAUAUCCGGAUGUUUCAUUCGUCUAAUAAAAGAAUACAGAACUAUACAGUCAGCAUUUUGGAUGGCAUGAAACAAUUCAGGAGUGACAUCAUAAACUUUACAUGUCUAAAAUGUCAAUUUACAGACACAUUGUAUUACAAUAUGAAGAAACAUGUGCUGAUAAAGCAUUUUCAAAACCUAAUAGGUACGUAUUUUGGCCUGAAACGUGAAGAAAGUAAAGGGAAUUCUAUUCAACACUACUGUAAAAAAUGUAAUGCUUCUGCAAACAGCCCAGAUUCUUUAAUGUAUCAUGUCUUGACAGCUGAAAUACACCGAGACCUUGAGAACAAACUUCGGUCUGUGAUUUCAGAACAUAUUAAGAAACCAGGACUGGUGAAACAGAUGCAUAUUGCUCCAAAGCCUCCCCAAGGUGUGGCAGCAGCUGCUCCAUCUGCAGGGCCUGCUGCUGCCCCAGCAGGUUCCGUCACAGCUCCCUCUUGCGUCCAGCUUGCAUUUCCACAGAAUAAUCAAAACCAGACUGCGGUGCAGCCAAAACCAGUUAAAAACAUGGUCAGGUCACUGACUGUUCCAAGUGCCUCUGGUAGCCUUCCACAUACAACUUCGGCUCCAGUUGUUACCCCGUCGCACGUUACUCUUGUAUCUAGCAACCUUUCUGUAGGUCAGAGUAAUGUUAAUAUUCAGCCGUCGCCAUCCCAGCCUAUCAUUGUUUCCCAUGGGCUCCCCCUCAAUCAGCCCAUGGGGACUGGAGCUGUUCCUCUUAAUCACUCCGUCGGAACCAUAAAUAGAACUGUGGCCCCUGCAGUUCUUCCUCUUAAUCAAACUGUGGGGCCUGGGAUCUUCCCUAUUGGUCAACCCAUUGGUACUAUAAGUGAUCCGGUUGCAGCUGGGACACUGCCUGUGACUCAGCCCGUCAGCCCUGUGAACCGGCCGGUUGCAUCGGGAGUUCUCUCCAUCAACCAGUCCCUUGGGAAUGUGAAUGGACCCCUUGGUCCCAGCGUCCUUCCUGUGGCACAGACAGUUGCAUCAGGGGUUCUCCAGCUUAAUCAGCCUGUUGCCUCUGGGGUUGUUCCUGUCAGGCAGCCUGUUGGAGCUGGGUUCCUUCAGCUGAAUCAGCCUGUUGCCCCAGCAGUCAUGCCAGUAAAUCAGCCAGUUCAACCUGCGGUUUCUCAGAACGCAACUUUUUUGACUACAGGUUCUAUACUUAGGCAGUUGAUUCCGACCGGUAAGCAGGUUAAUGGGAUACCUACCUACACGCUUGCCCCAGUUUCUGUUACUUUGCCUGUACCUCCUGGUGGUGGAGUAGCAACUGUUACUCCACCACAAGUGCCCAUCCAAUUAAUGCAGUCUGGGACAGUAACUCAGUUGUCCCAGUCACCGGCUAGCGCACCCUCUCCUCCAGUGGUUCUAACGUCUCAGAAUAUAUCAUUACAAACCUCGCCACCUGGUCCUGAAACAAGUCAGGCUGUCAGACAGGCAAAGCAAUGGAAGACUUGCCCUGUUUGCAAUGAGCUUUUCCCCUCAAAUGUCUACCAGGUGCACAUGGCGGUGGCCCACAAACAUGGUGAAGUAAAAAUGGAAGAAAGCCCAGAACCUGACAAACUUGCAGCUUGUGCACCCUUUCUGAGGUGGAUGACAGAAAAGACAGUCCGGUGUUUCUCUUGUAAAUGUUUUCUCUGUGAGGAGGAGCUCAUGAAACAUCUCUUGAUGCAUGGCUUAGCUUGCUUGUUUUGCACAGUUACUUUCCAUGACUUACUAAGCCUUGUGGAGCACAAUAAAACUACACACAAUGGGAAAAAGCAGUUACAUGCAGAUUAUAGCAACAGAGGAUUUCAGCUAGGUAGCGAUGCUCAGGGUGACCUUGUAUUUCCACACUUUGAUUUCAGUACAGUGUUACCAAAAGAAGACAUUGGUGAAAGAGAAGUACAUUUGGCAGUGCUUGCUGGACUGAAUUCAAGGACACUUGUCCCUGUUUACAUCAAAGUGAAACCUCAGACAACAGAAGUGAACAACAGAUGCAAAAAAAAUGUGUUAACCUGUCCCUUUUGCUUUGGUACGUUUGUUAGUAAAGAAACCUAUGAAAUGCAUUUGAAAGAGCGGCAUCAUAUAAUGCCCACUGUACAUACAAUUUUAAAGUCUCCUGCUUUCAAGUGCAUCCACUGUUGUGGUGUGUACACUGGAAAUAUGACUCUGACAGCUAUUGCUGUACACUUGCUCCGUUGUAGAAGUGCUCCCAAAGACAGCAACUCAAGCAUGAAGAUGCAGCUCGAGCGAACUGAGAAGAAAGAGCUACUGUUUGUGAAUGGUGAAAAGCAGGUUUCUGUGUUGCUGAAAAGAAAGCAAUCGGAUUCCAGCUUUGUUGCAGAAGACCAAAGGAAUAAGGAACAGCAGCCUCUGAGCAUAAGUACUGGCGUAGCUCUGUCACCAGAAAGAGAACUGAAUUUAGGAGUAGUGCCUUUCAAACGACAAAAGAUUAAUAGUAGGACUGAGAUAAAGAAGCUUCUUUCUAGUGAGGAUCUUCGCAUUCUUGCAGUGGAUCCUAAGCAGUAUGAUCACAAUUCAUACGAGGCUCAAAAACAGUUUUUGACAGACUAUUUUCAUGAGAGGCCAUAUCCUUCUAAAAAAGAGAGGGAAUUACUUUCCUUGCUGCUGUAUGCAUGGAAAAUUGAUGUUGGAGCAUUCUUUGGAAAAAGGAGGCAUAUAUGCUUAAAGGCGAUAAAUAAUUAUAAGCCGUCUGUGCUGCUGGGUUUCAGUAUGUCUGAACUGAAAAAUAUUAAGCACAGUUUGAAUAUAAAAGAUGAACCAUUAGAUAUGUAAGCAGGCUUUUUGUAAUCACUAAAAGCAAUCCAUAAUUGCAUACUUAUCGAUUUAGCAGUUUAUAGUAUUACUUGUUUUGAUUUGCAGACUGGCCUGUUGAAGGGUGCAGAAAAGUACGGAAAGUCUUAUUCAGUUGUGACUUAUUGUGAAUGGCACAUGUAGUUCUGUAUUUGAAAAAGCUGAAACCAUUAGACUUACACAUCUGAAUUUGUUUUAGCUUUUGACUUUUUCUGGAAUAGUGAUUUUUUUGGUGUGUUUUUUAGGUUUUAUUUUUUUCUAAUCUCUUUCUUCCCCUCCUGGAUCCCAUUACACGUUUUAUACCACCAUGUAAAACAUUUGCCCUGUUAAAAACAAAUUUAUUUUAUUUUUCUGCAAUGUGAUCAUCUUUUCUAAACAAUAAAAUGUAUAAUGUUGGUUAAUUUACUGAGGCAAACUACAUCAAAAACAUCUAUUUGAUUAUUUGCAUUUUUAAGUCCUAAUUUUUUUUAACCUAUUUUUGUUUUAUCUACUGAAGAAGUGAUUGUAGCCUUUACAUCCAUUACCCCUUCGAAUUCCCAGUGCACUGAUAGCAAUAAAAUACGUGGAAAUCCUUUUUUUCCUCAGUCAAAAUAGCUGUGCCAGUUAAGUCUGGUGACGUGGUAUCUAAGUAGUAUUAACAUGAUGAGGAUUGAGGGGUCUGGGGCUGCCUAUUGAAGUGUUAUAAUUAACUGACUUGAAAUGGUUGUGUUAUUAUCUGUUAAAUAGAUCUUGCUAACCAGAAGUAUUUGCUGUUUUUGUUGGUGUUGAAGCCUGGUUGUUUAAAUAGCUAUUGUUCAAAGCUUGGUAGCAGCAUUUGGUUUAUUUUUCAAAAAGCAAAACUGCUUUGGAGAGUGCCACGUUGCUUUGUUACAUGGAGUAUAUGGCUUCUGUGCACAUCACUUACCUGUAGAAUCUCUGUCCAAACAUCACCAAAGUUCGGUGAAAUAUCUGCUUUUUAUUUUAAAUUGCCAUUGCAUGAGGUAGUAACAGAGCAGCGCAUCCUCCCCAGCAUAUUAAAUGUAUGGCCUGAAGUCUUUUGAGUCAGAAAUUGUACAAACUGAAACAGGAUGCAUUGGUAGCAUCAAGCCUCUAAAGUGUUGAGUACUUGAACCAAUAACAGUCACAUAGUGAUCUUUUCUACUGUUGUAUGGAGAGUGUAAAGAAUUAUAUAAAAGCCAAACAGACUAUCUUGAUCAAUAUGAAUUAGCAUUCCUGUUACUUCACUUGAAUUGAAGAACAAACUGCAGUACUGGUGGCCACACUGAGGUCUUGUUUAAUAGUGUCCUUUCUUUCUGGAUACACUUGGUUUCAUCUUGCUUGUGAAACAGUGCCUCCAAUAUUCAUUAAUAGCCAGUUAUAUAAUAACUGAUAAUAUGCAUUAUUUUUUCUUCAUCCUCCUCUCCCCACCCUUCUUUCCCGGAAGAAGAAAAAGAGCGGGCUCUCCUGUUAGCUCAUUUGUGCCAGUGUUACAAGGAAAGGGUGAUAUGCCCAAGCUUAUUUCUGGUUUUCAAAGUAAUAAGCAUACUUUUGCCCUGUGCAAUAGUUUUUAAAGAAGAUACAGGAUUGUUCUAUGUGCCAUUUCUAAAAGGGCAUAUUAUAAGCAGGAUUUAGUGACUGUCUGCCUGAGGUUCUGUAAGCUGUAUGAAGUUCUAUUUUGGAUACAAUCUCAAUGUUUUCAUAUUGAUUACUUCAAAGAAUUUUAAGGUAUGUAUGUAACAUACAGUUAACUUAAACCGAGAGAAUCUGCUAUUUGGAAAAUCCUAGCCAUUUGAUAGCAGUACUGAACAAACAUUAGCAUCAUUUAUGGGCUUUUCCAUAUGCCCCACCCCAAAGAAGUGGUCUGUUCCUACAGCCUACAGUAGCUCAAUAAAAAUAAAAAUAUAUCGUUACAUUUGGGCAUAGUACAGUCCAUGAAGCAGUUUGAAGGGCUCUGAGUGAGGGUAAGGGAUGUUCUAUAGAAGUUCUGAAAUCCAGCCACUCAUUUUCACUCUUCAAACCUUGAUACUGUGAGCCCUUUCACUUUUGGGGUAGUUCUGCUGGUAUUGGUGAAACCCCAGUAGGGAGGAAUUUGGCAGCAAGCAUCUGGGGAAGGAUUGUCAUGAUCAGUUAAAGGUUUUAAAAUAACAGCAUGGCUUAGGGUGGGUAUCUGGGAAGUCAUUUCAGUGCUUUGGGGCACCAAGGGAGCAGUCCAGUCUUACCUGAGUUUUCCUACAUGGUGUCCUAUGGUGAUGUUAAGCAUUUUAUUUAUUGGACUUCAGUUUCACAGAUUCAAAUAAACAGCUUUCUAAUUUUU